UACUAGCCUCCACCUGAAUCUCAGCAGACAUGUCCAGCCUCCAGGUGCUGUGCUCCGGCCUGCCUCUGCGACCCCUCCCGGAGAACCAGGGACGCUGGGCUGGGGUACCCCAUGCCCCAGUCAGGACCCCCGGCCUCAGCCCUGCAGAGGAGCAGCUGGCACUGAGGAACGCCCUUCGCUACUUCCCACCUGACGUACAGGAGCUGCUGGCGCCUGAGUUCGCCCAGGAGCUGCGACAGUACGGCCACAUCUAUAUGUACCGGUUCUGCCCCAACAUUGAAAUGAAGGCCUAUCCCAUACAGCAGUACCCCUGCCGGACCAGCACGGCUGCCGCCAUCAUGCAUAUGAUCAUGAACAAUCUGGACCCCGCCGUAGCCCAGUUUCCACAGGAGCUGGUGACUUACGGAGGAAAUGGGCAGGUGUUCAGCAACUGGGCUCAGUUCUGGCUGACCAUGUCCUACUUGUCAAAGAUGACGGAGGAACAGACUCUGGUCAUGUACAGUGGACACCCGCUGGGCCUCUUCCCCAGCAGCCCUGGCGCCCCACGGCUGGUCAUCACUAAUGGGAUGGUCAUUCCCAACUACUCCUCCAGGACAGAGUAUGAGAAGCUCUUUGCCUUGGGAGUCACGAUGUAUGGCCAGAUGACAGCGGGCAGCUACUGCUACAUCGGUCCCCAGGGAAUCGUCCACGGCACAGUGCUCACCGUGCUGAAUGCUGGUCGUCGGUACCUGGGCGUGGAGGACUUAGCUGGGAAGGUCUUCGUCACCUCUGGCCUUGGCGGGAUGAGUGGGGCUCAAGCCAAGGCCGCAGUCAUUGUGGGGUGCAUCGGAGUGAUAGCAGAGGUUGAUAAAGCCGCUCUUAUGAAACGCCACCAGCAAGGCUGGCUGAUGGAAGUGACCGACAGCCUAGACCACUGCAUCGAGAGACUCAGGGCAGCAAGGAAAAUGAAAGAGGUGCUCAGCCUUGGCUACCAUGGCAACGUGGUGGAUCUUUGGGAGCGCCUGGUCCAUGAACUGGACACAACGGGGGAACUCCUGGUGGAUCUCGGAUCAGACCAGACAUCCUGCCACAACCCGUUCAAUGGUGGCUACUACCCUGUGCAGCUCGGCUUCUCAGAGGCCCAAAGCCUCAUGGCCUCCGACCCAGCUGCAUUCAAGCACCUUGUGCAGGAAAGCCUGAGGAGGCACGUGUCAGCGAUCAACAGGUUAGCUAAGGAGAAGUUCUUCUUUUGGGACUACGGCAAUGCCUUCCUCUUGGAGGCACAGAGAGCAGGAGCAGAUGUGGAGAAGAAAGGUGCCAAGAAGACAGAAUUCCGCUACCCCUCAUAUGUCCAGCAUAUUAUGGGGGACAUAUUCUCCCAAGGCUUUGGGCCUUUCCGCUGGGUAUGCACGUCCGGAGACCCCCAGGACCUGGCUGUCACAGACCAGCUGGCCACAUCGGUGCUGGAGAAGGCCAUUGAGGAUGGAGUGAAGGCGUCUGUGAAGCUGCAGUAUAUGGACAACAUCCGCUGGAUCCGAGAGGCCGCCAAGCACCAGCUGGUGGUGGGCUCCCAGGCCAGAAUCCUGUACUCAGACCAGAAGGGCCGUGUUGCCAUUGCUGUGGCCAUUAACCAGGCCAUUGCCAGCGGGAAGAUCAAGGCACCAGUGGUCCUGAGCCGCGACCACCAUGAUGUGAGUGGUACUGACAGCCCAUUUAGGGAAACCUCCAACAUUUAUGAUGGUUCGGCCUUCUGUGCAGACAUGGCUGUGCAGAACUUCGUGGGAAAUGCCUGUCGUGGAGCCACCUGGGUGGCGCUUCACAAUGGAGGGGGCGUGGGCUGGGGUGAGGUAAUCAAUGGGGGAUUUGGCCUCGUGCUGGAUGGGACCCUGGAAGCCGAGAAGAAAGCCAGGAUGAUGCUCAGCUGGGAUGUCUCCAAUGGCGUGGCCCGGCGCUGCUGGUCUGGGAACCCCAAGGCCUAUGAGAUUAUCUGUCAGACGAUGCAGGAUAAUGAUGGCUUGGUGGUAACACUCCCGCAUGAGGUGGCAGAAGAGCACCUGCUCCAGCAGGCCCUGCGAUCCUGA